AUGUCGUCUCCCCUCCGCAUCGCGUCAGUUGGCUGCGGCCACGGCGCGCUGAAUGAAAUUUACGAAAAUCUCUCGGUCGAAAUGGCCAAGCGUUCCUGGGAUACAGUGGACUGCGUUAUUAUUGGCGGUGAUUUCCAGACACUGCGCAACUCUAAUGAUGCUACUUGCAUCUCAAUGCCUGACAAGUACAAGACCGUAGGAGACUUUCAUGAAUACUACUCAGGAGAGCGUGUUGCCCCUGUUUUGACCAUCUUUUGUGGCGGUAACCACGAAGCUGGUAACUACUUGUUCGAGCUUUACUACGGCGGCUGGGUCGCGCCUAAUAUCUACUAUCUUGGUGCUUCGAAUGUCCUGCGCCUUGGUCCUCUCCGCAUCUCUGGCAUGUCCGGAAUUUGGAAGAACUAUGAUUUCCGCAAGCAACACCAUGAGCGUCUGCCUUACAACAGCGAAGAUAUCAUGAGUACCUACCACAUCCGCGAAAUUGAUGUUCGCAAACUGCUUCAAGUUCGCACCCAGGUAGACAUUGGUCUAUCUCAUGACUGGCCGCGUGCCAUUGAAAAGUCGGGAGACUGUGGUACCCUCUUCCGUAAAAAGAAACACCUGCGGGAUGACUCCAUGCAUGGCCGCCUGGGCAGUCCGGCCGCCCGCGAAGUUCUAGAUCGACUACGCCCGGCCUACUGGUUCUCAGCCCAUCUUCAUACCCGAUUCGCUCUUACCAUGGGUCACAAUGGUAAGCGGCUUGAGAAGGCCGCCCCUUGUUGUGAAGAGCCCGCCGAAUGGUGCUAUGUCGCCACAGAGGCUGCUACUCCAGCCGAGCCCACGCCUAACCCUGGCAAAGUGGAGGCCUGGCAGAACUUUGGGGACAUCAUCAGGGCCAAGGAACGGGCAGAGAACGAGGCGUAUCGUGCCGAUUUUGAGAAUCGCCAGCGCGCCCGUGCCGCCAACACUGCUCCCACUGCUGACCCGGUGAACACUGCCACCUGGAGACAAGUCACAGUCAAUGAAGAUGGCCAGCGCAGUAUUGUUGCUGUUUCGAAGCCGGCGACAGCCCCCAAGGUCCAGAAUGAGGACGAGAUCUCUCUGGGCAGUGGCUCUUCAUCAAACGGCUCGCCUCCCGCAAAGCACAGUACUAUCGUUGCUCCGAGGCCAGUGACACCCCCCACGGUCCAGAAUGAAGAUGAGAUCUCUCUGGGCAGUGGCUCUUCAUCAAACGGCUCGCCUCCCGCAAAGCACAGUACUGUCGUUGCUCCAAAGCCAGUGACACCCCCCAAGGUCUCCAAGGUCCAGAAUGAAGACGAGAUUUCUCUGGGCAGUGGCUGUUCAUCGACCGGCUCGCCUCCUGCCAAGCGCAGCGCGCAUAUGACAAUGGAUGGUGCCUGUGAUACCGAGACAGUCUUGGAUGACGUGAUCCCAGAGGCCCUCCGCAACAGGCUGCCUGCCAGCCUCGGUAAACCAGCUCGAGAGAUGGAGUCUCCUGCCAAAAUGAGCCAACCGGAGGCUAUCAAGAACCAGACCACCAAAUUCCUGGCUCUUGACAAGCCUGGUGGCCGUGACUCCUAUCUUGAGUUGGUCGAGGUCAUGCCAAUCUCUGACCAAACGAACACCGAUUCCACGCGCCCGCUCCGCCUCCAGUAUGAAAAAGAAUGGCUGGCCAUUACCCGUGUCUUUGCCCAGGAUCUCAAGCUCGGUGAUCCUACUGCCAAGGUUCCCGCCAACGUGGGCGAGGCAGGGUAUCUGAAGGCCAUCCUGGAGGCCGAGGCCUGGGUUGAGGAAAAUGUCGUGCAGCCUGGGAAGUUGAAUGUCCCUUUCAACUUUGCCCGCGUCGCCCCGGUGUUCGACCCGUCCGUUCCGGUCACCACUACCGAUGCCCCGCGUGAGUUCCCCAAUCCGCAGACUGCCCAGUUCUGCGAGCUCGUGGGUAUCGAGAACAAGUUCGCCCUGUCAGACGAGGAGUGUGAGGCGCGGGUGGCUCGUGGCCCCCGACCUUCCUCCCGUCCCAACUUCGACCCGAACCACCGUCGGGGUUCUCGGGGUCGUCAUGGGCGUGGUGGACGUGGUGGCCAGAGGGGUCGGGGUCAGAGGUUUGGCUGA